UGCAUGUAAAUGCCCAUUCACUUUAUUCCGCUGCUCUCCGCCCCCCCUUUCAUCCCGUCGGGAUUGCCAUUCGUGGUUGUCGGAGCGUGGAAAACAUUACUUCAUUGCGCUGCUCAUUCUUUCUAAACUUUCCGAUUCCGCCAGUUUCUUACUCUAUCCAAACCGUUUCAGUUUUCUGUUUUACUUCGUUUUAGUUGUGCGUUCCCAGCAGAUGAAGUAAUGACAGAGCACAUUAGAGAAAGCCCCUGGAAAAUUCUUGAAUUCUACAGUGGCAUCGGUGGUAUGAGGUACUCUCUAAUGAGGGCUGAGAUUCAUGGGAAGGUAGUAGAGGCGUUCGACGUCAAUGAUCUAGCCAACGAUGUGUACAUGCACAACUUUGGACAUCGGCCCUUCCAGGGAAACAUUCAAAGCCUCUCUGCAGCUGAACUAGACAAGUAUGCUGCACAUGCAUGGCUGCUUUCUCCCCCAUGUCAACCUUACACUCGACAAGGUCUUCAGAAAGAUUCAGCUGAUGCCCGGGCAUCCUCUUUUAUAAGGAUUAUCGAGCUUAUUCCACAAAUGCGGCAACCUCCGAUCAUGUUAUUUGUAGAAAAUGUUGUAGGGUUUGAGAUAUCUAAUACACAUAAGCACAUGAUGGACAUUUUUGCAAAGACUUGUUUUGUAACACAAGAAUAUAUUCUAAGCCCGUUGCAAUUUAGAAUUCCAUAUUCCAGGCCUCGUUAUUUCUGCCUGGCAAAAAGAAAGCCAUUAUGCUUUAAGAAUCCAUCUUUUAAUUAUCAAUUAUGCCAUGCACUCGCUCCACAUGUACCAUCCGAGGACGAAACACUGAUGGAUGGAUGCCUGCCUGAGAAGGUAAAAGAACAAUGUUACUUAUCAUGCCUACCCGUAAAGAAUUUUCUGGAAACAUCUGUGUCUUUAAUGGGAUCGGAGCGGGACUUUUCUGACAAAGAGCCUGGAGACUUAUCGGAAAAAUUUGCUGUUCCCCACAGUUUGAUAGAGAGGUGGGGGAGUGCCAUGGAUAUUGUGUACCCGAGUUCCAAGCGCUGUUGUUGUUUUACCAAAAGUUAUUUUCGUUAUGUGAAGGGCACUGGAUCAUUACUUGCUACUUCUGAAAAUUCCAAUCAUGAAGUGGCAAAGAAUACUGGAACUUGCUUUAUGAAAUAUUUGGGACUUCGGUAUUUCACUCCACGUGAGGUGGCCAAUUUGCAUUCUUUUCCAUUCAAUUUCAGUUUCCCAGAGCACGUAACCAUUAGACAGCAGUACGCCCUACUGGGGAACAGUCUCAGUAUUGCAGUGGUGGCUCCCUUGCUCCGUCAUCUGUUCGCCGAACCUGCUUAACUUCUAUGUAUUUACAUAUCUGCUCAACAUAGUGCUCUUCGGAUCCAUUUGCGUUUGGUCGCCCGACAUAAACCGCUGCUCAGAUUGGUAUGACACUUUUGUUGAAAAUAAUGAGAUGAUGAAUAAUGUAUCACCAAUCAUUUUUAGUCAUUUUAAUGCGGAUUUUGAACCAAGACCCUUCUAAGGAUUGAAAUGGCACAUAAAUAAAAUCAUCAAAAUAUAUACUUUUUGAUGGUCUGAUAAGGGAGAAAACAUUGCAUCAGGGAAUACAUCAGGAUUCCGAUUA